GCCGCUUCCGGUCCGUCUCCAUAGUAACCGGCUCUCGGCCUCAGGCUCCGCAGAGAAGAUGCGGCCGGAGGUGAUCGCCGUUAAACUGGCCGAGCAGCCGCGGGCCCCGAAGCUGCUGCUACCUCUGCCCGAGGGCCUGCAGCAGGGCCCGGGCGGCGGAGUCCGGAUCUCCGCCCUGAAGGAGCUGAUUGCCGAGAAGCUGCCCGGAGCCGCGGCCGCUUCGGAGUUAAUGGAGCUCGUGUACUGCGGCCGGAAGCUGAAAGAUGAGCAGACGCUGGAUUUCUAUGGGAUUCAAGCUGGCUCCACAAUUCACGUCCUGAAGAAGUCCUGGCCAGAGCCAGAGCAGAAAACCGAGCCCGUGGACCAGGUAGCCGCAGCGCGGGAGUUCCGUGUACUCCAGGCAGCGUUGCAUGCCAGCCCUGCUUACAGGGAAGCGGUUUUCAAGAUGUUGGCCAACAAGGAAUCGCUGGAUCAGAUCAUUGUUGCUACCCCAGGUCUCAGCAAUGAUCCCAUUGCUUUAGGUGUGUUGCAAGACAAAGAUUUGUUUGUGCUCUUCACUGACCCAAGCCUACUGGACACGUUGAUUUCCUCUCACCCUGCACUGGUCAAUGCAAUGGUGUUGGUCCUGCACUCUGUGACCGGAGUGGCCCCUUCGCCGACUGCUGCUAGUAACUCGAGGAAUAUUCCAUCCAGUUCUUACAGUGAAGUACCAGGAGGAUUCCUCUUUGACGGGCUCUCUGACGAUGAGGAUGAAUUUCAGCAGGCCCGGGCCAAUGCUUCUUCGAGCAAUGCCUCCAGCUCGCGUCCGGCCACGCUGGGCUACAGCGGCUCAGUGGGACCUCGGCCGAUUACACAGAGCGAGUUGGCAACCGCGCUGGCCCUGGCCAGCACCCCGGAGAGCAGCGCCGCUACCCCGACUACAGGAACACAGGGCACAGCAUCGGGUCUGUCUCCAGUGAUGAACUCGGGGAUGCCAUCAACUGCCCCGAUCAGCCAUGAUAUAUUCAGCCAGGCUCUGCAGCAGGCUCUGCAAGCCUCCAACAUCUCGGCACUUCAGAACCAAUGGCAGCCGCAACUCCAGCAGCUGAGGGACAUGGGGAUUCAGGACAGCGAGCUGAGCCUGCGAGCUCUGCAAGCCACUGGAGGGGACAUCCAAGCUGCUCUGGAACUCAUAUUUGCCGGAGGAGCCCUUUAGCUUUGCUGGACAGUACCUGAGGAGCUCUUACCCAACAGAAGAAGGAGUAGUGUGUGCAUGGCAGAAUAUUUAACUCUACAGACUAUUUGUUUUAAAGGGAACUUUCACUGUGGGCAGAGUACUGGGACUGGUAAGUACUUGCAUCCUACAGGUCUCUGGGAUAUUUCUACUUGGAGAGUGAAGUGGGCACCAGUUUGUUUUAAAAAUGCCCAUUUCAAGAGCCCUUGUGACCAGCAUUGGUUCUGCUAAACUGAGGAGCAGGGGAUAUGCUUCUGACAUGGGCCAUGCAUUGUAUUUUGAGGCUACUUUCUGUGUUAGAAGAUGGGGAUGGAUUUCCUAAAGCAGUGAGGGGGGCGGUGGGGGUGUGGCUGCCUGGCCUGUUGUCAAGAUAAGCGAUUAGUUAUGGGCUGUAGACCGCUGGCAUCACUAUUUCGUAUUAAUGAGCAGCAAAUCGUGCCACGCUUGAUAAAUAUUGAAAUACCCAGGCACCAUGUCAGUUUCCCUAUCUUUAGAGCACCAUCAGUUUGGGUUAGAGGAGUCCCCUGUCAAUGGGAAUCUAUUUAAAACCAGAUGCUACCACACGACCGCAAUAAAAAGUGGAGGUGCUUGGAACUUGUCUUGAGUCAGCACUUGCCAUUCCUGUAACCCACAGCUUUACUCCAAAGUUCCUCUUUAAAAUGCAUCGAUUUAAAAGUAAAACAUAGAGCGUUUCUUACUGGAGUGUUUGUUAAAAUUCUGACCUGCUGUGACGUUGACGAGGGCUGAAGUUUGAAUUUGGGAGCUUGUUUUGGGUUGGGUGGGUGCAUGGGGCAGUUGUAAUAAUGUGGUUCAAUCUGCCUUGGAGAGCAUGAAUGGAUUCAGAAAAUUUCCACAACAAUUUCCUUGUUUUUAAACUGACAAUGGUACUGGAAGCUCCUAGCACUUGUGCCUAGCUCGCCUGCCCUUGCAAACCGGCGAGUUUACUUGGAAGCUGCCAGCUGAUGCAUGGGACCCACCCACCAGCUGCUGAUGCCACAGUCCGCUGCUACCCAACGACUGUUUCCUUGUGUGGGCUGGUGUUACAUUACGUGUAGCUUAGAUGCACCUGAGAUGAUCUUCAUUUGCCCUGAAGUUUUCUGCAAUGGUCAUUAUGAAACCCUGUUGCCCUUGGGGACUUUAACAGCUGAGCUUCCCAAAUAGCUGCUUAAGAUAAUGAUUGCCGGGCUAACAUAAUUAUUGUGUGCUGUUACUUUGCAAGUACAUAAACCAUUAAAUUUUACUCUAAUA